AUGUUGAAGACAAUUCCCUCACGGUGUCUUACAUUUGCGUAUCGCGCAUCAUGUCGAUGGAGAUCUACUAAAACGACACACACUAGUGUAUUAUCAGAUGACCAUUCUGAAUUACGUGGUGAUGGAGCCAUUCGUCGAAGUGAACUAUAUGGUUCAACCGUUGAACAGACAUAUGCGGGCAUUUUAUCAUUUCUUCGCCGAAAUUACACUCGAAAUUUGAAAGGUGUCGAUGUAGCUGUAACAGGUAUUCCACUUGACUUAGCAACGACCUAUCGCCCUGGCACUCGAUUCGGUCCGAAAGGUAUUCGUGAAGCGUCUGUUCAACUCGGUGAAUUGAAAAGUUAUCCGGAUGGACUAGAAAUCUUCGAAGAUUUAGCUGUUGUCGACUAUGGUGAUUGUUGGUUUGACCAAGGUCAACCGAAAAGCAUUCCAUUGGCCAUCGAAAAUCAUGCAAAAAAGAUCAUUGAUCGAAAUGUUUUUCUCCUGUCAUUAGGUGGUGAUCAUUACAUUACAUAUCCAUUGCUAAAAGCUCAUGUCGCUCGACACGGCAAGCCUCUGUCUCUUGUUCAAUUCGAUGCCCAUUGUGAUACAUGGCCAGAUAAACAUCCCGACAGUUUGAAUCAUGGCUCUAUGUUUUAUUAUGCUGUCAAAGAAGGACUCAUCGAUCCUAAAACAUCUAUCCAAAUUGGUAUUCGAACAUAUAAUGAUGAUUUCAUGGGAGUAAAAAUUCUCGAUGCAAAUUGGGUUCAUCGGCAUACGAUUGAGGAAGUAGUUGCAGAAAUUCAAAAUCGAGUUGGCAAUAAUCCAACGUACUUAACUUUUGAUAUUGAUUGCCUUGAUCCAGCAUUUGCUCCUGGUACAGGUACGCCUGUCUGUGGAGGACUAACAACAGCACAAGCGCUUGGAAUUGUUCGCCAAUUAAGAUCGAUUAAUUAUGUCGGCAUGGAUAUUGUCGAAGUUUCUCCACCUUACGAUAAUGCGAAUAUCACGGGUUUAGCAGCAGCUACUCUAGGAUAUGAGUUUUUGAUUUUGCUGAGAAACAAGAAGAUGCUACCUCAGUUUCUUAGAUAUUCGUUAAUCUGUGUACUUUUCACAUUCAGCUUUGUAUCUACUGAUGAGAAAACCUGUGGUAAAAUCAAUUGUCAACUGCCAUGCUGUCAAUGUCCUGUGACAAAUAGAAAUCCUACGCCAUUCAAUGUCACUGACAUUCCUCAAUUUGUGCUCUUCACUUUUGUUGGUAAUUUAAAUCAACAUACGUUCGAUCCAAUUCGUUCACUGCUUAAUCCUGCUCAUCGGAACCCAAAUAAAUGUCCCAUAUCAUCAACAUUCUUUGUGAAUGACAACUACACAGAUUAUUGUUUAGUACAACGUUUAUUCAACAAUCGAAAUGAAAUAGCUAUGACAACUUCAAGUAAUCGAUGUCCAUUAACCAAUUGUUACGAAGAGAAUCACUGGCGUCGAUGGAUCGAUAAUGAUUGGAAACGUGAAAUCAAACAACAACGAAGUUUUCGCGUUCCGCAUUUACAAAUCGACGAAAACAAACAUUUGAAUUUAAUUCGAAAUUAUCAUUUUCAUUAUGAUUCAUCUAUGCUAUUCAAAUCAUCGAAUUUAAUUUGGCCAUUUACGAUGAAUUACUUGCCGAAUACAACUGACUGUAUUAAUUGUGAUGAAUCCAAUCAAACCAUCGAUGCCCUAUGGCAAUUUCCGUUACAUGAAUGGAGUCAUCCGAAAACAAGUACAACUUGUCGAACGCUUUCUAAUUCAUCUUGUUUACCCGAGGAUGAAAUGCAGUCAGCCGAUUCGUUCUUUGAUUUAAUUAAAUACAAUUUCGAUCGUCAUUCAUCGCUGCAACUCGGUCAACGAUCUCCGUUUAUAAUCGAACUAGAUCUUUUCUGGCUUGCCGAUCAUCAAAAUAAACGUUUAGAAGGCACGAUUGCUGAUGAGAAUAUGAAUGCAUAUUUCAUAUGUAGAAACGGAAAAGAAGUGUCUUGGACGGCCGUUUGUGAUGGUCGAAGUCAAUGUUUGGAUGGUUCAGAUGAACAUAAUUGUUAUUGUCAAGGUGAUGUUUAUGCUUGUUUGCAAGGAAAUAAUGUCAGUUGUCGGAUAGCAUGUCCCACUUAUGGACGAGUCACUUGUUUAACAUAUCGAAAUACAAUUGCUUGCGAACAGUAUCUUCGAGAACGCAGUAGUACACUCAAUCCUGAUAUUUAUUCCGCCGGUGAUUCAUCCUUAUCAUCAUACAAUUUCGAUGCACUUCGCUAUUCGGCAUUGCUCGCCGGCGGUAUCCUACUUUUUGUUUCACUUAUUUCCUUACUUAUUUAUAUAAUUCGCAAACGUCCCCAGUUGUUGUUUCUAUGUACAAACAAAUUAUUCACUACGAGUUCGAAUCGAAAACCCACGCAUCGAUCAGCAUUGGAAUCGGCUAUUCUUCAACAACAUCAAUUAACUCCAUCGUCGAACGUUCCUCGUCAACGUUAUACUCCAGCACCCGAUGUAAAUGAUCUCCCCCCGUCUUACUAUGCAGACCGAAAUCAAAUGUCAAUGAACGAUUGUUAUGAACCGCCACCGUAUCCUGGUCCACCUUUAUUUUCUUCAAUACCACGUACUGAUUCGAUUUAUUAUGAAACGAUAAAGACACCAUCCAUAUCAAAUUCAAUGUCUAUGCUACAUCCGAUGCCUUUACCUGAACCACGUACCUUUGCCAACGCUCGCACACAUCGUGUAUAA